AUGUCUACUCAUCACGAAGACGACGACCUUGCUCCCACUCAAACUGCUGGUUACAAGCCCGGUGAAAAGAAAAGCUUGCAGGAAUAUCAAACUCUCGACGCCCAAGACGAGUCUUUGAACAAGUGGAAAGAAUCCUUGGGUUUGAAGGGUGCAGUUGCUGGUCCUACCGAUGAUCCUCGUCGAGUUGUUGUUGAAUACAUUGCACUUGAAGUUCAAGAUCGUGAUGAUGUAAAGAUCGACUUGUCCACACCUGAUGCUAUUGAGAAGGCCAAAUCGACUCCCUUCACCAUCAAGGAGGGUGUUGAGUACCGUAUGAAGGUUAAAUUCCGCGUUCAACACGAUGUUGUCUCAGGUCUCAAGUACUUGCAAGUUGUCAAGCGUAAGGGCGUAAGAGUUGACAAGACCGAGGAAAUGAUUGGUAGCUAUGGUCCUGCUGCUGAACCCUAUGAAAAGAAGUUCCAACUUGAAGAAGCACCCUCGGGUAUGCUUGCUCGUGGUCAUUAUGACGCCAGAAGCAAAUUCGUUGACGAUGAUGGUGUCGUCCAUGUUGAGUGGAACUGGUCCUUUGAUAUCAAGAAAGAUUGGUAA